UUUGCAGUCAUAAGCCCAUGUCUGAAAUUGAUGAGAUUGUGCUUGUACCUGAAGCACAGCGACAUCCCCGUGCUGGUGAGCCAGAGUGCGUAAUAUGCGGCCGAUAUGGUGAGUACAUUUGCGACAAAACCGACGAAGACGUAUGCAGCAUGGAGUGUCGCGAUCGAGCGCUUGAACGCGAGGCGAGUCGCGUCUUGCAAAGGCAGUUUGGAAUCUCGGUCAAAGGAGCUGGCGUCGAGGAGCUCUUGGCCACAGAAUUUCAUCUGCUGAAGCUGCACGAUGACCUAUACGACAAUAUGCAACGGGAAGGAUACCACCACCCGACGCCUGUCCAGAUGCAAGUUCUGCCGUACAUGUUGCAGCACCGACACCUUACCGUUUGUUCUCCGACUGGCACUGGCAAGACGUUGGCGUAUUUGAUUCCCCUGGUGGCACAUGCGAUGGAGCAUCGCUUGGAUGUGGAGGAACAUCGCAUCUUGGGGUUGGUUGUAGCUCCCGUCCGUGAGUUAUGCAUGCAACUCGAAACUCAAGCCAAGACUUUGAUGCAAGGCAUUUCCAAGAUGAAGACGGCGCUGCUCAUCGGUGGGAUCCCAGUCCCCACUCAACUUCACCGACUCAAAAAAGGCGUGCAAGUGGUGGUGGCCACCCCCGGUCGCCUGUACGAACUCGUGACCGAGUUCACAUUGGAUUUGUCCCAUGUAAUCACGUGCGUGCUGGACGAAGCGGACUUGCUCGUGGACCAAAGUAGCGGGUUUGAAGCCAAAGUGUUAGCGAUACUGGCGGCGUUGCCCCCCACAACGCAACUAGUUUUGGUGUCCGCCACCGUCACACAAGCAGUGCUCUCGUUCGCCCACGCCCAUCUCCACGAAGCCAUCCGCAUCACGAUUGCCAGCGCGGCGACGUCAAGCUUCCCAGACUCGACCACGCGCCAGGUCGUGCAUUAUGUUCACACGCCAGAUGCAAAGAAGAAGCAUUUGUUCGAGUGGCUGCAGCAACGCCAAUGCAUGCUUGGCGACACCGACCACUCGAUUCUCGUGUUCGUCGCGUCCAAAGCAGGGGCAGACAUGUUGGCCAAAUCGAUUGCGAAAACCUGCCACGUCCCUGCCUUGGCGAUACACGGCGACAAGUCGCAGGCGCAGCGGCUGUCGAUUUUGCAAUCGUUUGUGGAUGGCGUCGCGCCCGUGCUCGUGUCCACGGGUCUGCUGGGCCGAGGGAUGAACUUGUUGUCUGUGGACGAUGUCGUGGUAUUCGACAUGCCUUCAACCAUUGAAGAGUAUGUGCAUUUGGUGGGCCGAGCCGGUCGUCGGCGGCCGGGGUCUGAUGCCGACACGGCGGGCACGGCCACCAUUUACGUGGGCGCCGACAGCGCGGCGUUGUUUCCAGACCUUCUCGCGCUGCUUCGAGCGACGGACGCCGUCAUUCCCGAUGAAAUCAAGCACGAGUCCAUUCGCGAACGCACGCGAGCCAUGCAUAAGCGACAGCACCAAGCGCUAGAUGCGUCGAAGCGGGCCUUCCACGCCACGCGGCAAAUGAGCUCUGCGCAGCACCAAGCGAGGUGGCAACAGUGGGCCAUCGACCACCCGAAACGCAAAACGAUUGUCGUAGAUGCGUCGGCCCAGCACAAAAAGUUCAAGUUCAUCGCCAUGUCCUAGUUGAUGACACAAGAACGCAAUGACUUCAGAACUCUCAAUAUAUAAAGUCAAACUGUACCAAUAACUAUCGGUAACGUUACUACACCUUUUUUCUAUUGACUUGGGACUUUUUUCAACGUUGUUGGCUUGGCGCUCAUUCGAAAGAGCGAUGUGUCCAAUCAUUUGGCCUUGUGGCCAAUAGAAUUGACACUUAGUGCCGCAAUACCCUUUGAAAUGUACCAUACUACCAAUGGAAAUGGCUCCACUACCCAACAAUGUGCCAAGUAGCAUUUCGAAUCUGCCGUGCUUGAAGUUGAAUUGGAUCGAAUA